AUGAAGGAGGUGUUGACAAAGAAGAAGAAAUUUUGGGACUAUGAAACUAUGAGCUUAACUGAGGAAUUUAGUGCCAUAACUCAGAAGAAGUUGCCUCAAAAGCUUAAAGAUCCUGGUAGCUUUUCAAUUCCUUGUGAGAUUAGUGGUUUAAAAUUUGAGAAGUCUUUAUGUAAUCUUUGGGCUAGUAUAAAUUUAAUGCCACUUUCGGUAUUUAAAAAGUUGGAUACUGGUGAAGUAAAGCCUACAACAAUUUCAUUACAAUUGGCGGAUCGAUCAUUCACUUAUCGAAGGGGAAUAAUAGAAGACGUUAUAAUUAAAGUGGGUAAGUUAGUAUUUCCAGUGGAUUUUGUGGUACUAGACAUGGAAGAAGACAAGGAUAUGCCAUUGAUCCUUGGGCGCCCUUUCUUAGCAACUGGUGGUGCCCUUAUAGAUGUUCGAAGAGGCCACCUAACUUUGAGUGCUAAUGAUGAAGAAAUCAAGUUCGAUAUUUGUAAAGACCGCUUAGUUUAA